AUGGUGACUGAUCUGUUCCAGCAUGGAAAGUUUCAAAAAUUCCAACAAGAGCUAAAAGAAAGACUAUCUAAGAAGUUCAAAGAAGUUGAACCCAUCGAAGAGUCAGGAAAACCUGCAUCUCUGGCGAAAAUCUACACAGAGCUAUACAUCACAGAGGGGGAAUGUGUUGAGGUCAGUACUGAACAUGAGGUCAGACAGAUUGAGAUGGCAUCCAAGAAAAAGACAACCAAUGAGGAGACAAAAAUCGAAUGCACUGACAUCUUCAAGCCCCUCCCUGGAAAAGACAAAGACAUCAGAACAGUGAUGACAAACGGAGUAGCUGGAAUUGGGAAAACAGUCUCCGUGCAGAAGUUCAUUCUGGACUGGGCUGAAGGAAAAGCCAAUCAGGACAUUGACUUCCUGUUUCCUGUGCCUUUUCGAGAGAUGAACUCGAUUAAAAACAAGAAAUACACUCUUAUGGACUUCAUCCAUAACUUUUUCAGUGAGAAAGGGGACCUCACCUUCUCCAAUGAUGACAAAAUUGCCUUCAUCUUUGAUGGUCUGGAUGAAAUCAGACUUCCUCUGGAUUUCAAGAAUAAUGAAUGCUUCUGCAAUAUUUCAGAACCUGCCUCAGUUGACGCCCUUCUCACCAACCUCAUCAAGGGGGAUCUGCUUCCCUCUGCGCAAAUUUGGAUCACCUCCCGGCCAGCAGCAGCCAGUCAGAUUCCUCCUCAGUGUGUGGACAAGUUGACAGAAGUGCGGGGUUUCACUGACCCACAGAAAGAGGAGUAUUUUGAGAAAAAUACAGACAACCUAAAAACGGCCAGCAGAAUAAUCGCACACCUGAAGAAGAAGUCAUCCAGGAGCCUCUAUAUCAUGUGCCACAUUCCAGUCUUCUGUUGGAUGGCAGUCACCGUUCUGGUGUCUAUCCUGAAUGAGGACAAGAGUGAUGAGAUGCCAGUUUCCUUGACCCAGAUGUACAUACGCUUCCUGAUCAUACACGCCAAGCACAUUAUUCAGAAGUACAAAGACAAAGACAUCUGGAAUAAGAAGACGGUUCUGUCCCUGGGACGACUGGCUUUCCAGCAGCUGGAGAAGGGCAAUCUGAUCUUCUAUGAAAAGGACCUGAGAGAGUGUGGCAUGGAUACCGAAAAGGUGCCCAUAUACACAGGAGUCUGUACUCAGAUCUUCAGGCAGGAGUCUGGGCAGGACCAGGAGAAGGUGUUCUGCUUUGUUCAUCUGAGCAUUCAGGAAUUCUUUGCAGCUUUAUAUGUGUUUCUGAACUUCAGAAGCACAUCUGUGUUUCUGAAAUUCUUCAGAAGACCGAGGAGCACCUCUCAGCUUCAGUCACUCUUCAGUGCUAUCAGCCUCCAUGGGCUGCACCAGACUGCAGUGAAACUGGCUCUAAAGAACGAAAAUGGACACCUGGACCUCUUCCUGAGGUUUCUUCUGGGCCUUUCACUGGAGUCCAACCAGAAACGCCUAGAAGACCUCCUACCACAAGAAGGACGCCGCUCACUGGACACAAAGAAAACAGUCACGUACAUCAAGAAGAAGAUCAGAGAAGCUCCAAACCCAGAGAGAUGCGUCAACCUGUUCCACUGCCUGAACGAACUGAACGACCAGUCUCUGAUGGAGGAGGUCCAAGGGUACCUGCAGAAGGCAAAAGAAGAAAGAGAGGAUCUCUGUCUUUCCCAGCUGUCAGCUCUGGCCUUUGUGAUGCUCAUGUCAGAGCAGGACGUGGAGGAGUUUGACUUAUGGGAAUAUGGAUCUAAUGCCAGAUCAGAUGCAGGUCUACUGAGGAUGCUGCCAGUGGUGAAAAUAUCAAGGACAGCAAAGCUGGAGUAUUGUGACCUCUCAGACAGCAGCUGUUCAUCUCUAGCUGCAGCUCUCAGAUCAAACUCCUCCAAUCUUAGACAUCUGGACCUGACUGGGAAUAAACAACUGGGUGAUUCAGGAGUGAAGCUGCUGUCUACUGGACUGGAGCAUCCAAACUGUAGCCUGGAGACACUGGAGCUGCAGUAUUGUAACCUCUCAGACAACAGCUGUUCAUAUCUAGCUGCAGCUCUCAGAUCAAACUCAUCCAGUCUGAGACAUCUGAACCUGAGUUGGAAUAAACAACUGGGAGAUUCAGGAGUGAAGCUGCUGUCUACUGGACUGGAGCAUCCAAACUGUAGACUGGAGACACUGGAGCUGCGGGGGUGUAACCUCCCAGACAGCAGCUGUUCAUCUCUAGCUGCAGCUCUCAGCUCAAACUCCUCCAGUCUGAGACAUCUGGACCUGAGUAGGAAUGAACGACUGGGUGAUUCAGGAGUGAAGCUGCUGUCAACUGGACUGGAGCAUCCAAACUGUAGACUGGAGACACUGAAUCUGCUGGCGUGUGACCUCCCAGACAGCAGCUGUUCAUCUCUAGCUGCAGCUCUCAGAUCAAACUCCUCCAGUCUGAGACAUCUGCACCUGAGUAGGAAUACACAACUGGUUGAUUCAGGAGUGAAGCUGCUGUGUACUGGACUGGAGCAUCCAAACUGUAGACUGGAGACACUGGAUUUGUGGGAUUGUGACCUCUCAGACAGCAGCUGUUCAUCUCUAGCUGCAGCUCUCAGAUCAAACUCCUCCAGUCUGAGACAUCUGCACCUGAGUAGGAAUACACAACUGGGUGAUUCAGGAGUUAAGCUGCUGUCUACUGGACUGGAGCAUCCAAACUGUAGACUGGAGACACUGGAGCUGUGGAGUUGUAACCUCCCAGACAGCAGCUGUUCAUCUCUAGCUGCAGCUCUCAGAUCAAACUCAUCCAGUCUGAGACAUCUGAACCUGAGUAGGAAUGAACAACUGGGUGAUUCAGGAGUGAAGCUGCUGUCUACUGGACUGGACCAUCCAAACUGUACACUGGAGACACUGAGGCUGCAGUUGUGUGACCUCACAGAAAGCAGCUGUUCAUCUCUAGCUGCAGCUCUCAGAUCAAACUCCUCCAGUCUGAGACAUCUGGACCUGAGUAAGAAUACACGACUGGGUAAUUCAGGAGUGAAUCUGCUGUCUACUGGACUGGAACAUCCCAACUGUAGACUGGAGACACUGAAGCUGAGGCAUUGUAAUCUCCCAGACAGCAGCUGUUCAUCUCUAGCUGCAUCUCUCAGAUCAAACUCCUCCAGUCUGAGACAUCUGGACCUGAGUUGGAAUAAACAACUGGGUGGUUCAGGAGUGAAGAUGCUGUCUACUGGACUGCAGCAUCCAAACUGUAGACUGGAGACACUGAAGCUGCAGUAUUGUAACCUCUCAGACAGCAGCUGUUCAUCUCUAGCUGCAGCUCUCAGAUCAAACUCCUCCAGUCUGAGACAUCUGUACCUGAGUGGGAAUACACGACUGGGUGAUUCAGGAGUGAAGCUGCUGUCUACUGGACUGGAGCAUCCAAACUGUAGACUGGAGACACUGAAGUAAGUCUGAUUGUGUGUGUGUGUGUGUGUGUGUGUGUGUGUGUGUGUGUGUGUGUGUGUGUGUGUGUGUGUGUGUGUGUGUGUGUGUGUGUGUGUGU